UUGCAGACAAACCUUCCAAUUUUUAAGCUGAAAGAGUCUAGUGUCCGCAGAAGAUACAGUGACUUUGAAUGGCUAAGGAGUGAGCUUGAAAGAGAAAGCAAGGUCGUUGUGCCCCCCUUACCUGGAAAAGCUCUUUUUAGACAGCUUCCUUUCAGAGGAGAUGAAGGCAUCUUUGAUGACUCUUUCAUAGAGGAAAGAAAGCAAGGGCUUGAACAAUUUAUAAACAAAGUUGCUGGACACCCUUUGGCACAGAAUGAACGAUGCCUUCACAUGUUUCUUCAAGAUGAACAUAUAGAUAAGAACUACACACCAUCUAAAAUAAGACAUGCUUAG